UGUUGCGCGUGCCCGCGCGUUCCAAGCCUCCAACUACAAUCUACAGGCGGGAAACCUACCGCUUUAACCCCUCCCCCCUUUCUCUCGUUCUCUCUCUUCUGGUGCUGUUUGAGUAACUUUAGUUUCUCUCACAGAAGCAGCUCCACUCCAAAGUAGUCAAACUUCGAACAAUCUAAAUAGAACCCUAUUCCGAUGUUUACAUGGCAAGAGAAACCUAAGUGUGCUUAGCAAUGGUUUCUGCAGAGAAGGUUGUAUCUGAUAUUGGCAAGCGCCUUGCUCAGCAGACUCGCCCGAAUAAAGAUUUUCUGGUGAAAUUGCUCAGACAAGCUGCGAGUGCUUUAUCAGAAUUAAGUCAGUCUUCGUCACUGCAGCAUGCAAUAGAGCCUUUAAGUGAUUUUCUUGUCCAGAAGAGCCUGCUUCAGCAUAAGGAUAGAGACAUUAGACUUCUUGUAGCCACAUGUUUCAGUGAAAUUAUUCGUGUCUUGGCUCCUGAUCCACAUUAUAGUGAUGAAACAUUAAGGGACAUUUUUAAGCUUAUUGUCAGUACGUUUGUGGAGCUAUCAGAUACCACAAGCCCAUAUUUCACAAGGAGGGUCAGAAUAUUGGAGACUGUUGCUGCACUCAAAUGUUGUGUGUUAAUGUUGGACAUUGGUUGUGAGGAUUUAGUUUUGGAGACAUUUAAUAUCUUUUUCUCUGUUGUGAGAGAACAUCAUCAACAGAGUGUAUCUGAAGCUAUGUUAUCUAUAAUGACACUUAUUUUGGAGGAGAAAGUUUCCCAACCUCUUUUGGAUGUGAUUCUGCGAAGUCUUCUGAAGGAUGAAAAGGCUGCACCUAUUGCUUCCUUUAGGCUUGCUGUUUCUGUCAUUCAACAAUGCACUGACAAGCUAGAGCCCUUUGUUAGAGGUUUCUUAACAUCUUGCAUUCUGGACAGAGAUGCUGUAGGGAGUGAUCUUAAAGAUUUUUAUCAUGAAAUUAUCUUUGAAAUUUUCCAAUGUGCUCCUCAGAUGCUUCUUGCUGUUAUCCCAAACUUGACGCAUGAACUAUUAACUGAUCAGGUUGAUGUCCGUAUAAAAUCUGUCAAUUUGCUUGGAAAGCUUUUUGCACUGCCUGAGCAUCAUGUUGCACAACAAUAUCGUCAACUCUUUUUUGAGUUUUUGAAAAGAUUUUCUGACAAGUCUUCUGAAGUUAGAAUUGCUGCCCUACAAUGUGCUAAAGCUUGCUACAUGGCUAAUUCCUCUGGGACAGAAUCACUUGAAGUCCUCACUGCCCUUGAAGGACGACUAUUGGAUUUUGAUGAUAAAGUGAGGAUUCAGGCAGUUAUUGUAGUCUGUGAUAUGGCGAAAUCAAACCUGAAACUCAUUCCUACUGAGCUUAUUUCACGGGCUGCAGAGAGACUUAGGGACAAGAAGGUUUCUGUUAGAAAGAUUGCCAUGCAGAAGUUGCUAGAACUUUAUCGGUAUUACUGUAGCAAGUGUUCAGAAGGUCUCUUCACACUCAGUGAACACUUUGAACAGAUUCCAUGCAAAGUUUUGAUGCUCUGCUAUGAUAAAGAUUGUAAGGAGUUCCGGCCUCAAAGCAUGGAGCUUGUGCUUGCUGAGGAUCUAUUUCCGGCUUCCCUUUCCAUUGAGGAGAGGACAAGACAUUGGAUCUCUUUGUUCUCACAUUUUGCACCUCCUCAUAUAAAGGCAUUAAACUCCAUUUUGUCUCAGAAGAGGAGGUUGCAGAUGGAGAUGCAAGUUUAUUUGACCCUCCGAAAACAAGAAAAGGAGAAUGAUUUGGAAGAAAUGCAAAAGAGAAUUAGAAACUCAUUUGUGAAAAUGUCUGCAUCCUUUGCUGAUCCAACUAAAGCAGAAGAAUGCUUUCAAAAACUGCACACAGUGAAAGACAAUAACAUUUUUACAUCAUUGCAGCAGUUGUUGGAUGGAGGAUCAAUUAUAACUGCAAAAUUCACUAUAGAUAAGUUUCUCAAAUUGAUGGGUGAUAAACAGUUGCAUAAUGAAUUCUUGAGAAUGCUCUCUGCAAAAUGCUUGCAUAAUAUAUUUAGCUCGGACCAUAUACAUUGUAUUCUGGAUUGUCUUGCCAGGAAAGAUGUUGGAAAUAAACAUUUGGAGGCAUCUUCAGUCAACCUUCUCAUGACUGUUUUAAGCAUUUUUCCAUCACUACUAAGAGGAGCAGAGAAGCAGUUUCAGGCAUUUUUAUUGGAAGAGGAUAACCCAUUUCAGGACAAACUGCUUCAGGUUUUAGCAAAGGCUGGCCCUCAUAUUUCUAUCAAGUUUAGUGAUAUUUAUCAUCCAUUGGAGAGGUUAUGUUUGGAAGGUACUCGUGUGCAGGCAAAAUUUUCUAUUGCUGCAAUCGCGUCAUUAGCUGGUCCUUCUGAUCAAUUAGUUUUCCCUAAAUUGUGCAAGAAGCUUGUAGAUUCUCUUCAUACUGGGCAGAAUAUACCAACUGUUUUUCAGUCUUUGGGUUGUAUUGCACAAUAUUCUGUAUCAACAUUUGAGGCUUGGGAGAAAGAAAUUACUCUAUAUAUAGUUGACAUGCUAUUCCACAACAACAAUUUGCAUGACUCAGAUGAUCUAGCCUUGUUGGAUGAAGAUUCUGGAUGCAGUGCUUCUUGCAAACUAAAGAUUUGUGGACUGAAAGCACUUGUGAAAAGUUUUUUGCCACAUCAAGGAGCUCAUGUCAAAUAUGAAGUUAGGGAACUGCUGAAUAUUUUAUUGAAGAUGCUACCUGAAGGUGAUAUUUCGGGUGAUAUCAUCUUAAGUGAAAAUGACAAGGCUCAUAUCAGACUAGCUGCUGCAAUGUCAGUUCUCCGGCUUGCUAGAAGAUGGGAUUUUCAUAUACCACCUCAGAUUUUUCACAUAACUGUUCUGAAAGCUAUGGAUCCCUCAUCUCUUGUACGAAGAUCAUUUCUAGAUAAAAUACAUAAGCUUUUGAAGGAACAUGCUAUUCCUACCAGAUAUGCAUGUGCUUUAGCAUUAGGUGCUUCAGAUUGUCUUGAAGAUAUCCGAGCUGAUUCUUUGAAGUAUCUAGCCGAAUUUAUCGAGGAUUACAGUAAAGAGGCGAGGAUCUGCCAAACUUCUACAGUUCAGGAUUUAAAAGGAAGAACAAUGACAGUUUAUCCUGAAUACGUGGUGGUCUUCCUUAUCCAUGUUCUUGCUCAUGAUGAUGGUUUCCCUUCUGAUAACAAUCAAAGUGAAGAAAAUUUUGCUCAGUUUUGCAGCCCCUUAUUUGUCUUCUUGCAAGCAUUAAUCAAUGCUAGCUCCAUUGAUAGCAGUAAGAAUGUUGUUAGCGAUACCGUCUCAUAUCUACUAAGUAUUCUUCAUGCUGUUAAGAAGGCAGAAGAUGCUGUCGAUAUUCAUAAGACUCCUAAGCUGCAUAUCCUGGCAGACAUAGGUCUUUUCAUUAUAAAAUCAUUGAGUCAUAAUUGCAUGUUCUCAUCUCAAACUUCAGCAGUGGUCUUGUUGCCAUCAUCUUUCUACAAAGUUGGCAUCGAUGUUAAAUGUGGGAAAGCUAAUUCAAGUUGCCUUGGUGAAUGCUCUUUUGGUAAAAAUUUCAUUGACAGGCUCCUUCAUAUGUUUGAACCUCAUACUCGGCCUGCUAGCCCUGUUGCUAAACGUGGUAGGAAAUUUAAAGACGACAGCAUGCAGGCGGAUGUGAUAAAGUGCAAUAUGAUGAAUUUUCCAUCAUACAAACAACCUAAUUCUUUGGCAAGGAACAAAGAAAUAACAGAGAAAUCUCAGGUGCAAGGAGGAGAACACCAUAAAACCGUCAGGCAGGAAAGUACUAGAACAAAGAUAAAACAGGCACAUUCUCCAAAUAAAUCAAAAUCAAUGGGAAUGACUAGUGAGAGUUCUAUUAGUGAGAAUAAGAAGGGAUGGUCUGAAAUCACUGAAGAAAAAUUGGGGAAGAAACAUCAAGUUUCAUCUUUUUCUUGCUCAUUAGCUACAGAGCAUUCAUUAUCAGAGUCACAGGCCUCUGCCCACAAAGGUUUAAGAAACUGCCACUCUUUGGAAGAAGCUGAGAUGGAAAAUAGUGGUGUUCUUUCUGAUCAUUCUAAAAUUUCAAAAAUCAAUAGUCAGGAGUAUUUGUCAUCAAAGGGAAUUAGAGGUAAAGGUGAGAUGCUAAUUGGACAGCGAGUCAAAAUAUGGUCUCCAGUUGAUAAAUGUUUCUAUUUAGGCACUGUCAAUGGGUUCAAUUGUCAAAACAGUACUCACAAGGUUGCUUAUGAUAGUGGGGAAAUUGAAAUGUUGCACUUGGCCAAUGAGAGUUGGGAGAUAGUAAGCAAUUCUCCAUUGCAUGAGAAGGAAAAGGACAAGUUUCAUUUAAGGCAUUGGAAAUGCCUAGAAGGAUGUAGUGAAGCAAAGGCUUCAUAUUGUGAUCCUGGAGUAGACUCUUCAAUCAGUCUUGAGGAAAUUGUUGAUACUUUUGGUGAUAAAACUAUUGGGAAGACAAGUUUACCAAGUGAGAGAAAGGAAAGCAUUGAUAAUGGAAAAAUUCCUUCUUCUGCAGGGAAAAGAAAGAAGGGUCAGAAACUACUAGUUUCAGCUGAUACACCGGCAUCAAGAGUAAUUGAUGCAAAUGAGAAUGCUAUUGCUCGGAGGACACGUAGCCGGAAAGUUUGAGUAAUAUUUAGGUCUUUCUUUUUCUUCGCUUCAUUUUUCUUUUCCAUGGCCAACUAGUAUUGAAUUUUGAAACAGCUCCCUUACAUAAAUAGAACAAUUUUCCUUCUGACCUGCCUCUGUAAAUUUCUUUAUAUGUUUUUCUUUUUUUAUGUUGUUAUCUGCUGUAUUUCUGUAGUUUCCUGAGGUGGAGGAUAUUGUAAAUAAAUGUUUUUUUUUUAUAUAGAAGCUGGUUCCUGUAAA